ACCACUCGGCCACCUCGUCUUAUGGACUCCAUGAACAAACCACAGAACUUUUUAUAGAAAAUACCGAGUGAAACGUCACUUUUUUUUACUUUCACACCGUCGCCGUCGAGGUUGUCGUGACAACAGCCCCGAUAUAGUCAUGUUUCCACCCGUGACCCCGUCAGCAACACACCAACUGACAUCCAGCGGGGCUCCGGGACCAGAUUCAGCGGCGCCUUUACUCUCGACAUUACGGUCGUUACGUAGAGAAACGCGCCGCAGCAGCAGAGUGGGUAACAGCCGUGUUUGUCAUUUGAUAGACAUAACCGGGGGGAAAAACCGGAUUUACACUCGUCGUUUCAUCCGCGUCGUCGAGGCCCGUGUGACUACAAUCUGGGGCAACCGGCGCAAGUCGUUUCGUUUCUAGCCGCGUCAGCGCGUCGCUAACGUUAGCUGGUAAGCGCGGACAAAAAUAGCCUACGGUGGCCCCCCAGGGACCUGGUUUGUGUGUGCGCGCUCGUCGGGUCAUUUCUCAGUCCCCUCUGGAAUGCAUCUCUCCAAGAAAUGCUCCGUCUUCAAAGUGCUGCUGAGUGCUCUGCUGAUCGUGGCGCUGCUGCAGCUCAUCUACCUGUCCUUCCUCUCCAAGUUCCACGGCAAGCAGCAGCGGUACCGGUACUUUGAGCUCUUCGGAGGCUCCGAGGGCAAGAAAAAAAAAGGGCACCCCGAGAAGAACUCGCGGAAGGAGCGCCUGAGGUACUCGCUGUCCACCGGGGGGAUCUUCGACAACAGCGGCCAGUACCGGGUGUACAAGAACUUCAUCAAGAGCGAUUACACCACGAACCUGAAGCCGGGAUCCGACCCCGACUCCGGGGUCCUGGCGCUCGCCACGCACACGACCAUCAACAACCUGCACCACCUGGACUCGCUCCUGGCCCGGUGGCACAGCCCGCUCUCCGUGGCCAUAUUCGCGCACGGGCAAGAUGUCAAGUUCGCCACCGCGCUGGCCUACGCGCUCAGCUUCUUCUGCCCCCAGAUCCAAUCGUUGGUGGACUUCCACCUGGUCUGCCUCUCCGGGGAGAUGGCCAGCUUCCCGGACCAGGACCGGGAGCACUUCGCGGGGCUGGAGGACUGCGCCUCCGUGUUCUCCCGGCUGGAGACCCACCGGGACAAAUACAAUAACUACGCCAUCGGUGGGAACGUGUCGUACCCAAACAACCUGCUGCGCAACGUGGCGCGCGGCGGCACAGAGACCUCCUACGUCCUGGUGAUCGACAUGGACAUGAUGCCGAGCGCAGACCUGCACCAGCAGUUCCUGGCCAUGAUGAUGGCGAGGAGGAGGAGGAGGAGGGGGGCGCGCGAGCCCAGGGCCGACGAGGUGUUCGUGCUGCCCGCCUUCGAGAUCCGCCACGCCCGCAAGAUGCCAGCCAACAAGGCGGAGCUGGUGCAGCUCUACCAGGUGGGGGAGGUCCGGCCCUUUUACGAGGAGCUGUGCCCCCGCUGCCAAGCCCCCACCAACUACUCCCAGUGGGUCAACGGUCACGUGACGGAGCCGGGCACCCUGGAGGUGUCCUACGCGCUCAGCUGGACGGACCCCUGGGAGCCGUUCUACAUCGGGCCCCACACGGUGCCCCUCUACGACGAGAGCUUCAAGCAGUAUGGAUUCAAUCGGAUCAGCCAGGCCUGCGAGCUCCACGUGGCCGGCUACAGGUUCUCGGUGCUGGGCUCGGCCUUCGUGGUGCACCGGGGCUUCAAGGUCCAAGAGGAGUUCCACGCCAGGAAGGACGAGGAGAACAAGCGGAACCGCGUUCUGUUCCGCAGCUUCAAAGAGGGCCUGAAGACCAAAUACCCGUCGUCCAACCGCCGGUGCUGAGCCAACGGGAGGGAACCGCAGAUUUAGCGCCACGUUCUUUCUCUCGAGUUUAUUUCAACGUCCUGCUGGUUGGGACGACAAGGAAAGAUUGGAAAUCUUGCUUGCUGCUUUUUUUCUCCUUCUUUUUUUUUAGCGAAUGCAAACCCGAAAUCUAGAAGCCAUUUGAUCGACAUUAUUGUUAAACUACACGUUUCUGUUUUAAAACACUUUUUGAGACGGUCCAGAUCCAGAAAUAGUCUCAGAACUUCCUGAGAAUUCACUAACGGGAAGUUAGAGGCUCAACAUUUAAAAGAUGGACUUCUUUCCAAAAGUCCAACUGACAUCACAUUCAAUCGUCCCUUUUUAAAAUUAUUUUUAUCAAAAGGAUUGAGGAAAAAACUAAUCCUUCCAUCGUAGCAGAUGGAACUGCACGAUGAGAAUAAUGUUAAAAAUGAUAUGAAACAAGUUUCCCGAACACACACACACACACAGUGAGAAUGAACAGCCUUCUGAUUGGUCGAUGCAAAUGGAGGACACAAUCAAGAAACUGUAAAAAUAUAUAAUCCUCCCUUUUGGUUCCUGAGUUGUUUUUGUUGCUUAUAUCACUUUAAUUUCCAGUUUGACGCUUUCAUUUGAACGUCGUGCUAAUCAAUGACGUGGUGCGACCACCAGGGGGCGACAAGUACAUGAGUGUGAAGUGCAGAGUUACAGUGUGUAUAUAUAUAUAUCCAAUCUUUCCAUAUAUAAAAUAUAUUUUCUAUAGAUAUAAUAUAUAUUUAAACAUUUUAAUAUAUAUAUAUAAAUACAUUAUAUAUAUAUAUUAUAAUAUAUAUUACAAAAUGAUAUAUAUAUAUAAUAUUGUAAUAUAUAUAGUUUAUUAUAUUUAUAUAAUAUAUUUUAAAAUGUUUUAAAUAUAUAUAAUAUAAUAGUGUAAAUGUAUUUAUUUAUUUCCACUUGAAAGUGUUGGCAACAUGACAGCAGAACACGAGGAUUACGCAACACCACUGUUUGGUGCUCCUGGGGAUAUAAAUGGACUGUCGGCACAUUUCAGACGUUCCCGGCACCCUGCGAGUCGGGAGCGAUGACUCUCUCCGGUCCUGAGGAGAACAAAGCGCUGAAAUUCACAGAGAGCAUUGUGCAACACUACGAUUACACUGGGAAACUACUGUAUGCUUCCAUCUGACGCUGGUCGGUUAUAUUAUCCAGAGUCGAAUGAUGUAACGUGGAAUAUAUUAAAUGAUUGGGUUCAUACUUCAUGACAGUAUUAAACAACUAUAACUACUCUUCUUCGAUACGCAGCAGAUGGACUACAAAGUAUGCUUCGAUAAAAGGUGUUUGGUUACUUUUAGGCUUCAAGUUGAUGUGUAAAUGUUGAUUUUUGAUAUUUAUUGUCAACAUGUUUUAGUUCAACUGGAUUUGGUUGAACUUUUUUAAUUUUUUUAAUGAACCUAAACAGGAAAACUAGCAUGGAAUUGUGUGUUAGGGGAAAAGGAUAUUUGAUAUGGAAUAUGUUUUAUUCUUUAAAUCAUUUGAAUGUAUUCUUUGGAGUGCGAUCCAUUUACACAUUUUCCCCGUGUGAUGACGUAAUGCAGUACUUUAUUUCUCACGUGUCUCUUCUUCUCUAUUUUGUUUGUUCACAAAUUAUAAUGCCCGAUUUGUAUUAUUGGAUUUUCUAUUAAAUUCUAUUUUAUUAGACCCACAA